AAUUAAUAUGGCACGAAUGAACCGCCCAGCUCCUGUGGAAAUCACCUACAAGAACAUGAGAUUUCUUAUCACACACAAUCCAACCAAUGCAACCUUAAACAAAUUUAUAGAGGAACUUAAGAAGUACGGCGUUACCACAGUAGUAAGAGUAUGUGAAGCCACGUAUGACACCGCACCAGUGGAAAAAGAAGGCAUUCAGGUUUUGGAUUGGCCCUUUGAUGAUGGUGCUCCACCAUCCAACCAGAUUGUUGAUGAUUGGCUAAACCUCCUGAAAGUUAAAUUCCGUGAAGAACCUGGUUGUUGUAUUGCUGUACACUGUGUUGCUGGUCUUGGGAGAGCUCCAGUGUUAGUUGCCCUUGCACUGAUUGAAUGUGGAAUGAAGUAUGAAGACGCAGUGCAGUUUAUAAGGCACGACGUGGAGCCUUUAAUAGCAAGCAACUUCUGUAUUUGGAGAAAUAUCGUCCUAAAAUGCGUCUGCGUUUUAAAGACUCCAAUGGUCACCGAAACAACUGUUGUAUUCAGUAAAGCCAGGCUGCCUUGGAGCUGCUGCUUUGGAGCUAGAGGAUGGAAACUAGAAUUAGGCAAACUACAUGCAGAAAGACAUGUAGGGCUGAUAAAUAGGCUAAAUGAAGCUUCCUUAGGAGUCUUUAUAGGUUAAAAAUAUGGCAGAAAUGCAACUUGUCUGUGUAGGUUAAUAUCCUCCUGUUUGGAGAACUAGUAAAUGUUUUGCUGUAUACUGUCUUUGAAAUGUCUCCUUGGUCAUAAUUUGUAUCAACUGAAUUAUAUUUGAAUCAUGUAGUUGAGUCUUAUUAAUCUAUUUCCCAAUAAUAAAAUCUGUCUCAGUGUGAAGUGUAGAGAGUUUAGGUGCCAAAAAACCCAGCACAAUAUCUAUAUUUUUUUCUGUACAUUACAGUGUGGUUCUUGUGAUGCAUGAACUACAACUAUCUGGACCUUUCAUUGUCCUUUUUCCUACAAUCAUUUCAAUAUUGAGGAUAGGGCCUAUAUGGUAAUCUGCUUGCUCUCACUGUAUGUUUGUCUCCCACAAUCUUUGAUUUUUACUAAGACUUACAAUGACUUUUUUGGUGUCUUUCGGUAACCCUUUCCUUCCAUUAUCUAAACCUCUGCAUUUUACAAAUACAUCAAUUCUCUGGUUACUCGUGUAGAAAAUAAUUCUUUACAUUGUACAGAAGCACACAGUCUUUAAUGUCUCCUGACAAAAAGCCUUACAUUUUAAAUUAAUCUUGGCACUUCAUGUGCAACUUAACAGAGGGCCUGAAAAGGAUGGGAGGGGCUAUUUAAUAUUUCUAGUAAAAUGUUGCCUUUGUCUUGUGCAGGAAGUAUAGAAUAUGCCCUUUACUUUAGUAAAUAUUUUUUUAAAAUGUAGAAAUGCUUAGUUAUUGUAGCUAAAACAAUUCUUAAUCAUAAAAUUUCUGAAGAUCUUGUAAUUUCUUUUACUGUACCUCUUGAAAGUUGUUUACCAACUAUUGCUUUGUUGAAAGUGUGAUUAUUUUUGUUUUGUUUUUUGUUUUGUUUUCCCCUUGAGUUUCUGCUAUCAACUGGGCAGACCUGUAAUAUUUUGUAUGCCUUUUGAGCUGCGUAACUUAAUAUUUGGAUACUUGAUAAUUUGUUUUAUUAUGUAAUUGAUAAAAUGGUGGUGUGUACUAAUGUUAGUUCAACCAUAUAUUUAUACUGUCUUGGGAAUGUGUGGUUAUAGUUCUGUGGGAGAAAUAAUUUUGCCAGUGUUCACCAGCUUGUAAAAUCUAGUGCGAGAGCUUAAACAUCUAAAUAAAUACUGAAAUGCA